GCACGCUCUUUCUCUCUCUUCUCCCGAGUCACCAAAACCAAGCCUUUCAUCGCUCUCCAAAUAUGGAAUCCCAUCAAAUGCUCUUCCUCCUCAUCCACGCCGGAGCAACACCACCACCAUCGCCGACAACGAGAACCGCACCGCCAGAUCCAUCCAUCAAGACCUCGAUUCCUCUUUCCUUCUUGGAAACGCCCAACCGUCAUCACCGCCCAAAGCGGAGCCAUAAACGGAAACCAUACUCUAUAUGGAAACCAGCUUUCUAUUUCACUUUCUAUAUCUCGCUCUAUAUAUAUACUUUUUGCCCAGUUGAGCUUGAUCUUCAGGAAUGCCGGUGUCCCCUCCGCUUGGUGUCGGCGGUGGUGGCGUGGAGGAGAGCGGAGGGGAGAGGUAGAGGUGGUGUCGGGUUUUUCUAGGGUUUUUUUUUGGGGGUUGAGAUCUGAUUGAGGAUGAGUUGCUUUUCUUGCUUUGGUACUGGGAAAAAGGAUUUGAGGAUUCGGAUCGAUGAUGGCCGUGCGGGUUCGAAUGAAAAUGGGAGGGCUUUGGUUGGUGGGAGAGACAAUGGGGAUGGUGCAAAGAGUUUUACUUUCAGAGAUCUGGCGAUCGCCACACAGAAUUUCAGAGAAGAGAAUAAGAUUGGACAGGGAGGGUUUGGGAGCGUUUUUAAGGGCCGUCUCGGUGCUAAUCAGACUGUUGCGAUCAAACAAUUGAAUCGAGAAGGCAUGCAAGGGAGUAAAGAAUUUCUUAUGGAGGUUCUUAUGCUGAUCGUGCUCAGACAUGCCAAUCUUGUUAGUCUAAUCGGAUUCUGUGCUGAAGGGGAUGAAAGACUUUUGGUGUAUGAGUAUAUGCCGAAAGGAAGUUUGGAGGAUCAUUUGUUUGAUUUACCUCCUGACAGACAGCCUCUUGAAUGGAACACUCGAAUCAAGAUUGCUGUUGGUGCUGCUGAAGGGCUCACAUAUUUGCAUGAUAUAGCAAACCCGCCCGUUAUAUAUCGUGAUCUGAAAGCAGCAAACAUAUUACUGGACAAUGACUUCAACCCAAAGCUUUCUGAUUUUGGACUUGCAAAACUCGGACCUGUUGGUGAUAAUACUCAUGUUUCAACUAGGGUUAUGGGAACAUAUGGUUACUGUGCUCCAGAUUAUGCUAUGAGUGGCAAGCUCACUCUGAAGUCUGAUGUGUACAGUUUUGGUAUGCUCCUCCUGGAGUUGAUCACUGGAAGGAAGGCUUUUGACUCUUCGAGACCUGGCUCGGAACAAAAGUUGAUUAACUGGGCACGCCCAUUUCUCAAUGACAGGAGAAGGUUCAACCGACUUCCUGAUCCACUACUUCAAGGCCGCUAUCCUCAUCGCCCAUUUCACCAGCUGGUUGUGAUCACCUCAAUGUGUCUCCAGGAGCAGCCCCAUGUCCGCCCCAUCAUCCGUGAUGUGGUUGUGGCCCUGAAUCAUGUGGCAGCACAACCCUACGUCUCUGAUGUCCGCAGCCCCAAUCCACCAUCAUCACCAAUGAAUGCCGGCCGCAGGUCUCCCCAACCAUGUUCACCAAGGAGGGCUCCCCGUACUCCCUCAAGGCGGUAAAAAGAAAAGAGUCAAUCAAGGGAAAAGGUUUCAAUUAUAGAUAAAACUGGCAAUUUAGGCAGAUCAACGUAGACAGAUCAACAUAGACAGACCUUGAUAGGACCAGGUGGAUGGAGAUCAUAAUCCAAUUUGAUUUAUUCUGUCCUGGCUGAGGCCAACUGCUUAUACUCUGGAAAGCAUUCAAGCUAGUGUUGUUGCAUUCAUAAAUCAAGAGGUUUGCUUUCCUAUUCUUGCAUCAUUUACUUUGUGGUCAGGCGUAGAUCCACCUGUUUAGUUUUCCAGGUCUUAAAAUCAUUAUAUAUGUAUAUAUAUAUAUAUUAAUAUAUAUUUGCAUAUUUAUGC